AUGGACGCUAUCCGGGGGCUCUUUGGGACCAACCCACAACGAGGCCAGCUUCCUAAAGUUGAAAGCGAUUAUGUAUACCCAACGUCUUUGCUCGACGACACAUAUCUUUUUCGGGACCUGAUUCUUACCUGGACCUUCUGCUUCAACGAUGUCCUCGACGCAGACAAACUGCAUUCAUCGCUGACGAGGCUGUUGGAUAUUGGUGACUGGAGGAAGUUUGGUGGUCGGCUGAGACUAAAUGAAGAUGGCAGACUCGAGAUUCACGUUCCCCGAGAGUUUACUCCUGAAAGGCCAGCUGUGAGAUAUACCCACGAGGCAUUCGACAUGAGCAUCAGCAAGCACCCCGUAGGCAAAACGAUGCCAAAAGCUACUGAGAAGCCAUCGAUUCAUCCUGGAGCCCAAGAGUUUAAAGAGUUUGCCGUGACGAAAGACGAUCCAGUGAAUGGAUCUGACCUUUUCAAGGGCGACAAACCUCAGAUGUCACUCCGGAUCGUAUCAUUCUCGGACGCAACCCUGGUUUCGCUUGUGUGGCCACACUCUGCCAUGGACGCCGUGGGUUUCCAGGCCAUGCUGAAGAAUUGGUCUCUUGUGAUGGCAGGGAGGGAGUCAGAGGUCCUCCCGGUUCUUAGGGCGAGAGAUGACAUGGCCUACGAGAUUGCUGAACCACCGAGCGGGAUGGAGGAGACAGCGCAAGAGGAAUUGCAUCUCGCCCAAAAACGCAUCAGCGGCUUGAAGCUGGUUCUCUUCGGUCUGUGGUUCCUUUGGGAUCUGCUCUGGCAGGGAGCUUGUCAAUCAAAGUCCAUCUUUCUGCCCAAAGAAGCUGUCGCAAAGCUGAUGCGCCAGGCUUUGGGAGAGGCGGCCGUGACGACACCUCCCGGUGACGACAAGCCCUUUGUCAGCGAGGGUGAUGUAUUGGCAGCCUGGACAACGAGGCUCAUCGCAUCAUCAGAUCCCCGAAGACUCCCGGUGACAACACUUACAACGGUCAACUUGAGAUAUCGGUUCAAGUCUCUGAUGCAGACGACUGGCGUUUAUACCCAGAAUCUAGCCAGUGCAGCUUAUACGUUUCUCUCGCCAGCGAUGGCCAGGGGCCCGAUAGGUCCAAUAGCCGUUGCGAGCCGUCAGCAUCUCGAAGCGCAGACGACUGAGCCCCAACUCAGAGCGAUAAUGCGGGCCCUCAUAACUGAAAAAGAAAAGAUAGAUACCACACUGCUAUUUGGAGAGCCCAACAUGUUGCUCGUGCUCAUCAGCAACUGGACAAAAGCAAAGAUUAUGCAGGCUGCCGACUUUAGUCCGGCGGUGAUCCGGCACGGUGAGGGGGCAGAGACGAGGACAAACAAACCAGGCACCAUGAUACAGUUAUCUCCUUCGACCAUGAAGCAGAGCAUAGUGACUAGGAAUGUCAUGGUGAUCAAGGGCAAGGAUCACGAAGGGAAUUACUGGCUCGAGGGAUCUCUAUUGCCACGGACUUGGGUCAAGGUCGAAGAGGAGCUUACAACAUUGGGGGCUGAGACAUGA